UUACACUACAUUUACUCUUAAGGAGUUGAUUUAACAACAAAUAGUGAAAGAUACCCCCUAGUGUUGGUGAAAAUUAUCAGAGUUAAAUUGUCUCGGUAACUUUACUCUGUUAAGCUCCGCCCCUCAAUCUCACCAGAUCAGACUUGAAUUUCCUCGUGGUCGUCGCCAUUUUCUUCUACAUCGCACCGAAUGGUAAGCUCUUUUAAGUAACACGUUAAAACUAUUUUAUGUGAAUAAAUGUGUAAUAUUACUGUAUAUGUUGUAGUUUGAUGAACUUUGUGUAAUGUGAUCCGUUCAAACUCCGAAUGGAACAACUUCGCGAGCAUGUUGGUUAAGGUGAAACUUGGGGAUGGCCAAAAAUUUGUUAAAAUAUCCGAGCUGAGCCUGAAGGAAUUUUUGUCUGCUGCUUUUUUAAAGUUUGGUGUCCCAACUGUACCCGAGAAUGUGAAGGUUGUUGAUGAAUCGGGGACUGAGGUGGAUGAGGAUGUUUUUGAGGAUAUAGUUAAAGAUCCCUCAGUUGGUGUUCUCACCAUAAAACAUGGUGCAGACUUGGAAUCUGCCUCUCCACAAGCCUCUCCUGUGCAGUUAAAUGUGUCCCUGUCUUCAUCAAUUGACUCCACUGACUCACAGGAUACAGUAAUUAUUGAAGAAAGCUCUUCAAGUAAAAGAAUGAGACUAGAUGAUGAAGCUAAAAAGUUGGUGGAAUCCAUUCUUGUCCAUAAACCUGGUGGGGAGCAUAUAAUAAAUGAAUACAACCGAUUUAAGACUUUGGGAGAUGAAACGAGGAGGAAAAUGGUGAACAUCCUGGCAGCUGACAUGACAGAAAAGAAUGGUACAUCACCACCAAGGCAGGUUAAAGAAAAAUAUGCCAGAGGAAUUGUGUCUUUGUUCCCUUACCUCCGUGACCCCUUGUCCAAAAAAGGCUACGAGCAUUACUAUGAUGGUGAGAGUGGCACUGGGUACUUGGCAUGGAGAAUCAAAACUAUACAAAGAGGCCUGGCUAAAGAACGAAGAGCAUCAUUUGAUGGACAAGGAUUGUCUGUUGAGGGGAUGUCUGGUGGACCAACUGUAAGACGGGAGUCAGAGUUUACUCCGGAGACUGUCUUGAGUGAGGAUGAAUGCAAGGAAGCAAUUGCAUUCAUGAACCAUUCUGCUGAUGAGGACGCAGUCAAGAAGAAGAUGAAAUUGACAUUUGACUAUCGCCGCAACAUGGUUCUGGACCCUAUGCAGUCAAGUGAUAUUUUGACAGUCUUUCCACGUUUCAAAGACGUUAAAGGCUUGAUUGAGCAAGACUUUGUUCUGAUGUUUGGAGAAGGAGUGUCAGGCAAGCUACUGGAGAAGUGGACGACUGCAUUCAAGAAAAAAGUGAUUCAGCAGUGCAAAAAGCUUCCAACCACCAGUGAUGUUGGAGAACUCCUGCUAGCAGCUGAAUCUCCAUCUGAUGACUCAGAAGAAGGUGUUAAUUUUGGUAAGAUAUUUAAGAUUAAUUUAAUACUUAGGUCAUUUUAGUA